AUGGCAUUCGAAACGGAUAUUGUUGCCAACAACUACGGCUCGGUAACGUUGAUCAAGUCCCGUGAAGAAACUUCGGUCGAUAUUGCCCGAGGGCUACCGGCCAAAUAUCGGAUCAACUUUCCAUCGCAAACCGCGCCACCAACUGUCCGUUCAAUUCUGUUAAAUGGACAGACGAUUUGCAGUAGCUACCGGGCAUUAGCUCAACCAACGACGAUUCUAAGCUGGGAACAUUCGUGGUUUGCGCAAUUCCCCGGUCGAAUUAUGGCUCACAACAACGGGCUCCAGACGAUGGAAACCGUCACGAGGAACGUGUUCCGAGUGAGCGACGAAUUACCGUCGGAUCCCGGUUCGAUAGCCUUACGUUUUGAGCCAGAACCGACAACGGAAAGACCUAGAAAUCCUAGACGAAGUACGGUUUCUCCUCGGCCCGCAUCAUCAGACUAUGAAUGCGGUAAAACAUCCGACGCCCUACCGAAUCGAUUGUCGAUAAACGGAGAUCUGGUGCGCCGCGGUCAGUUCCCUUGGAUCGUGCCGGUGUUUGACCGCGCCGAACCGCACAAUCCUAGAUACAUCUGUGGCAGUACUCUGAUCACCCGAAGUCACCUGCUGACGGCGGCCCACUGCGUUUACGAAGCCGAAGACGUCAUUCCCGCCGAUCGGUUGCUGGCCAUGCCCGGAAUGUACAAUAUUGACAACUUUUUCGAUGACAAAGCCGUGCUCGCCGACGUCGAGGAAGUGAUUGCCCACGAAGAUUACGACUAUGAUGAUGACACGAACGAUGCGGAUCUGGCUGUGCUGCGAUUGAAAACGAGGAUCGAACUAUCGGCAUACAUUAUUCCGAUUUGUCCUUGGCAGGGUGACAACAGUCUAGGGCGGAUCAUCGGUGAAGAAGGUUACGUUGCCGGUUGGGGUGAAACCGAUGACGGUUCGUCCCACGUUCCGACCUACAUCCGAACCACCAUCGUGAGCAAGCAACAGUGUAGUGUGAAUUGGUCUCGAUCGUAUCGAAGAAACGCACGAAUCUUCUGUGGCGAUGGCCACGGUUCGGUACCCUGCAAUGGGGACUCCGGCAGCGGACUGGUACUGAAACUGGCCAACCAGUACUAUCUGCGGGGGGUUGUGUCCCGGGGGAAAGUCGAUCCCAAUACGUUGAAGUGCGACACCAGCAAGUACGUGAUCUACACCGACAUAGCGCCCUUCCGGUACUGGCUGAGGACGGUGACCAGCUGA